AGCCCAGCCCCACCACAGUGUGCUGUAAGAGCCCCAGCCCUGGCUUUGAGCUAGCGAAUCUAAGGCGGGGGAGGUGGGCACUUUUAUCCGCCCAAGGGUUUGGCUCAGAGUAUGACCUUGGGAUUUAAUGGGACAAACUGAUCCGAGAUAAAAUGAGAAGGAACUUCUAGGGUUUCGCUUUUAUCAACACACAAAAUGAAAAUCUGUUGAAGGUGCAUAAUGAACUCGCUCUUAGAAGUUUGUCCCUGCGGCCGCCUCGUAGGCCGCGCCGCGCGUCUCUAGCGACCACAUUGCCAUGGCUGCUCGCGGUGGCGCUGCCGCGGCCGGCGAGGGGCUGCGUUACGCAGAGUACUCGCCACCUUCGGCCCGACGGCCCGACGCGGACAUUGACCACCGGCUGGCAAGAAAUUUAAUAGCUGUAGGACUGGGAGUUGCAGCUCUUGGAUUUGCAGGUCGCUAUGCCUCUCAGAUCUGGAAACCUCUACAACAAGUAAUCACAGAAACUGCAAAGACGAUUUCAUCUCCUAACCUUUCAUCUUAUUAUAAAGGAGGAUUUGAACAGAAAAUGAGUCGGCGAGAAGCUAGUCUUAUUUUAGGUAUAAGCCCAUCUGCUGGGAAAGCCAAGAUUAGAACAGCUCACAGAAAAAUUAUGAUUCUGAAUCACCCAGAUAAAGGUGGAUCUCCUUAUUUAGCAACCAAAAUAAAUGAAGCAAAAGACUUGCUAGAGUCAACUACCAAGCACUGAUCAAAGCUCAAGGACCAAGCUGAAGGAAAAGUACAAGGAACUUAAGAAAGCAGACCGCAAAUUAGUGUAAAGUACGGUGUUGGUUUUCCUCAUGUGGGCCACAGUCACUCUUCCAUCCAAGCAGUACAACAAUAAAGGCUAGACACCUUUCUUUUCUCUUAAAGGAACUGUGUAAAUGCCUAGGGGAAAACUGCAUAUUUUUCUUCACUUUCUCUAUGAUAUUCACAUUUUUUAAAAUUUUAUGUAAGUCCUAAACUCUGUACACAAAUGUACACACACAAGUGUGCAAAAGUAUAAUCAUAACCAAUGCAAUUGGGAUUUGUGAACAAUGAGUAGAAAUUUUCUUGCUGCUUAUGCUUGUCCCCUUAUUGUCCCUCAGUUCUUCAGAGGAAUUUGGGACUUUGCCUGUCAGGUGCUUUAAAUGUUUUGAGACCAAACCCACUGCCACCCCUGGGAAAAUAAUGUGGAAUGUCUUGGAAUUUACUGGUGAUUUGUAAAACAGUGGCUAGGACUUGUUAAGUAACUGUGCUCUCUCUGGGACCUUAUAGCUGAAGCAUGAGAACUUCGAGAGCCACUGAAAUCAUUCAAGAUUUACAGAAUGACCCCUAUGAGGAAAGCCUGAAAGGAGCUGAGAAAUCUGAGGCAUUGUGUUUAAUUAUAACCUUCCCGUAUUAUAUAUUUAUUCAGUUAUUCAUCCUGCAAAUAUUGAUUGACCACCUUUGAUAGGUAAAGCCCUGUAGUAGACCCUCUGAGAGUUACAAGUAUGAAUCAGUCAUGGAUCCUGACCCACAGGAAUGUAAAUAAAGAGAAAGAAUAAAAUCACAUAAGUAAUGAGUUCUGCUAGAGAUAUGGAUUAUAGUUAAGGAGGUUUAAAAAAUGUAUUUCUAAUUCAGUUCAUGGUGAGGAGGGGCUUCAUGGAUCAAGUGGCAUUGAGUUGGGCUUUUAUUAUAAGUAUACUACAUGAUUGUGAGUCAGAGCGGGCCAAGGUCUUGCACGGCUGUGAUCCCAGCACACGGGAAACCUAGGCAGAAAGAAUGCUGCAAGUUUGGGGCCAGCCUGCAAUAGUUAGCAAGACAUUGUCUCAAAAUAAACAAAGAAAAAGAUUGUGACACAGCAUUGCUUCUGCUGAGAUCAGAAAUAGGAGUAGUAGAUCUAUCAGUGUGUUUAAAGCACAGAGUUACUCAAAAGCAAGAAAUGGGACAGAAUAGUCUUGAGAAUUUAGUCACUCGUUAGCUUAGAAUUUUCUUCCUAUUUUCCUGUUAAUUAUAUGCCUUGGAGUCAAACAGAUACGGUUUUGAAUACUAUCUUCCUAUUAGGUGAUCUUGGAUAGUUAUCUGAUUCACAAGUCUGUAAUCCUAACCUAUAAAAUAGAGAAAAUACUUCCAUCUAAUAAGGUUGUUAGGGCAUAAGGAUGUGUAAAUCAUUUAAUCACAUAGCAGAUGUUCAAAAAGUAAAUCAUUUUUUUCCUGCCUCAUUAAUUUUAUUUUUUAGCACACCUUGGGUAAAGGUUCCAGGUAUGUUCCAGUAUAAUCACUUGUUUUACUUUUGAAUCUACAACUUGGAUAGGAUGCAGUGGGGACAGCUCCACUGUUUCAGGCAGCACCAACUGAGGCUGGAGGAGCCAUUUCCUAUGGCUGUCAGUUGGAACUGGGUGUUGGCUGGGAGCUGCCAUUCCUCCGUACAUGGCUUCUCCACAGGUUUGCUAGGGCGUCAUCACACCAUAGCGCUGUGCUACAGGAGACAGUCGUUCAAGGGGCUGGAAAUGCGUGCUGUGCCCUGGUUCUGGGAAUUGUCAUGGCAGCACUUUAUCCAUAUUCUGUUUGUUUAAGACUUACGAGCCGGCCAAGAUUCAAAGGGAGAAGACGGAAGAUUGUGAAAGAAUAUGUGGUCGUUUUUAAUUUGUAGCGGGGUAAGGUUGGAAGUUUUUUUUUUCUUUUUAAUCAAAUUAGUUAAGGCAUUACUUUAAAAAUCAUAGCAACUUGGAAUACAGGCUCAAGAAGUUUCAGGUGAUACAGCUACGAUUCUAGGCAGGUGUUAAUUCUGUAGUAAUUCUCUAAAUGGCAGUAUAGUUAUAAAAUUGGGUUUUGACAGUUAUCCACCUCAACUCCUUACUAUCUAAACAAAGUUUACUUGAAUGGUUACCUGUCUUCAGUAAAGAUUGUUUUUGCA